AUGUCCAUCCCUAUUAUUGAAACUUGUAGGAAGAGAAAGAGGAGGCCGAAGAUAUUUGAGUUUCACAAGUUUGCAGAACCCGGGCACCCAGUAAGCUUCACGGGUCCUUUCCGCGACAAUGUGCGGAUUUUCCUUGAAGAAUGUGCAGAGCCUGAAGACUAUUACGUGGGAGGAAUGCCCAUCUGGUGUACUCUUCUGGUUCACGAGAACAAGAGCUUUGUCCUUCCUCUUUACACCAUUGAAGAGAAUGUUCAGUGCUCCAUUGGACCCUACUGCGAUCACUGCAGAUGCACUGGUUGGAGUAAGCAUUUACUGUCUAAACGGAAGUAUCAUCUGAUAAUUCCAGUUGAUACUGAAUGGAAUAUGCGUCUUGAGGAUGCUGCUUUUGAUCUCCACACCCAUCUCUUGCAUGGACUGAUCCACUGUAAUGGAUUUGGUCAUUUAAUCUGCAUAAAUGGGAUUGAAGGAGGAUCCAAAUUUAUAUGUGGCAGAGAAAUCAUGGAUCUUUGGGAUCGUAUUUGCAACAUUCUUCGAGCCCGAAAAAUCACUGUUAAGGAUUUGUCAAAAAAGCGGUGUAUGGAUCUUCGGCUACUUCAUGGAAUUGCUUAUGGGCAUUCAUGGUUUGGGAGGUGGGGCUAUAAGUUCUUCCGUGGAAGUUAUGGGAUGACACAACACAGUUACUAUAGAGCAAUUGAAAUUAUCAGUUCUUUGGAAGUUGAUAAAGUUGUAUCAGAAUUUGGGAAUGAAGAAUUCAGUAGGGAAAUCAAACAGAUUAUUAGUCACUAUAGAAAUAAGAGUGAAGCUCAGUUGAUCACCUUGAGGGAUCUUCUGAGGUUUAUGCUCACAGUCAAAUCAUGUUCUCUGUCACAAAACAGAUUGGCCAUGACUAUUACAGAUGGUCCAUCUCUUAUGCUUAAUUCUUCAAACAGAACAACCCUGGAAAAGCACGCUCUAGUACGGAAGGAACAAAAGGUCAUAAAAUAUAGAAGAUUCAGUACUAUGGUGAGUUCUCUGGGUAGCAGAUGGCCUGUGAGAAGGCUAGAAUUUGCAGCAGAGGUGAUUGUGGAGGCGUUGAAGGAGAAGAAAGCUGCCAAAUUUGGUUGUGGUGGGAUGACUCGACAAGAUGUGAGAGAUGCAGCUCGGAUGCGUAUUGGAGAUACUGGGUUGCUGGAUUAUGUCCUGAAGUCAAUGAACAAUGUGAUUGUUGGACGCUACAUUGUUCGCCGUGCAGUAAAUCCAGCAACUCGAAUUUUGGAAUAUACAAUUCAUGAACUUGCUGAUGGUUUCAGGACCAAAGAAUCAGAACCAGAAGUAGUUCAAGAGCGGAUUCGAGGUCCUGCUUUGGUGCCAGGAAUUGAUGUGUAUAGCGAUGUUACUGUGCUGUAUACAAAUCUUUUGCUGAAUUAUCCAGAAUCAGAAACAGUGGAAACGUCAGUUCAAACAGUUCUGGACAGCAAGCACUUUGUUAAAGAUUGGUCCUUCAGAGACGAUAAGGAACAAACGUUGAUAGUUUUUUAUCAAGUGAAGCCAAGUUUGAUUGAUUUAGAGCCUACAAGCGCUAAGGAAUUACUGCCAGGUGAAUUGGUUGUGGUUCCAUAUCAUGUCACAUUGUUGGACCUAAAGAAAGCUAUUGCAAAUGCACUAAGGGACACCUACUAUGGUAUGGAUAGAUUUGUAGUGACAGAUAUAGAAAAUCUGGAAGAGAUGGAGGACAGGCAGAUGCUUUCUGGGAAAGUUGAAUCUGGUGCUCAACUUGUCGUGAGAGGAAGUGGGAUAGACUUGGGUUCCAAGUUUAGGUAUCAAGGUGGUACUGAGAAUUGGAUGGAGAGAUGCGCAUGUGGAGUCCAAGACGAUGAUGGUGAGAGGAUGGUGGCUUGUGACCUUUGCGAGAUUUGGCAACACACACGCUGCUGUGGAAUUGAGGAUUCAGUUCUGCCACCACUUUUUAUCUGCUUAAGCUGCUGUGAUGGUCUUGCAACACAAAGAACUGAACCUCUCAUUGAAUUUGGGAGUUGA